GACCGCAGGCUGAGGAUCACCUGACUGGAUUCUAGCACUUUCCAAAACAGCCAACCAAAACGACGACUUGACGACCUAGAAGAGAACAAUAAUAUUCAUAUUUUUAUUAUUAAUAGUAAUAAUACAAUGCGCGUCUCGGCGCGUAGUUGAACGGCUGCGUUAAGGUGCGCGUUUACAGCAAGGAAAAAACAUCAUUUUGUGCGGAGAAAAUGGACCUUUGGGGUUUUUUUCUGCUCCACCUCACAACUUCAGCUCUGUUUGAGGUCAUACUGGCCGGCAGGGACUGCUUGAUGGCCGGAGACUCCUGUUCGAGCGACGACACCUGCAGUCCGCGCCUUCGCACUCUGCGCCAGUGCGUAGCUGGCAACGGCAGUAUGAAGCUGGGCCCUGGCGCCAGGAGCCAGUGCGCCAAUGCAGUGUCAGCCCUGCUGUCGAGCCCUCUGCAUGGCUGCCAGUGCAAAAGGGGCAUGAAAAAGGAGAAGAACUGCCUAAGCAUCUACUGGAGCCUUCACCAGUCCAUCAUUCAUGGCCUCAACUUGGUGGAGAGUUAUCCCUACGAGACGGUGCAGAGGGAUUACGACUACGUCCGCUUGGCCUCUAUCACAGCAGACUCAGAUGUCGGCAUGUCAACGGUGAACCGCUGUCUCGACGCAGCCAAGGCUUGCAACGUGGACGACCUGUGCCAGAAGUUCCGCACGGAUUACGUCUCGGCCUGCAUCAGACCCACAGCUAAAUCCGGUCUGUGCAACCGGGCCAAAUGCAACAAGGCCCUGCGCAGGUUCUUUGACCGCGUCCCGGCGGACUACACCCACGAGCUGCUUUUUUGCCCCUGCACGGACACGGCCUGCGCGGAACGACGACGGCAGACCGUUGUGCCCAGCUGCUCAUACGAAAGCGCGGUGAAGCCCAGCUGUGUUACGCAGAGGAGGAUCUGUGAGGCUGACUAUGUGUGCAGGUCUCGCCUGGCUCAGUUUCAGUACGACUGCGAGCCCUCUGAAGAGUCUGCCAGCGGUUGCAAGCAAAGAAACUACGGAGCCUGCCUCCUCGCCUACACAGGCCUCAUUGGAAGUACCAUAACACCCAACUACAUCGACAACGCCACAUCCAGCGUGGCUCCAUUUUGCUCCUGCGUGGCCAGCGGCAACCAGAGGCAAGAAUGCGACGACUUCGUGGGCUACUUCACACACAACAUCUGUCUCAAGAACGCCCUCCAGGCGUUUGGAAGUCAAUCUGACCGGCGGCCUACACCGGGCCCAUCCGGUGCAACAAGCAGAGAAAGCCGGAGCACAACUUCCCCACCCGAAACCAUAGUAACCAUGCGGAACAUUCUGGAUACAAAAAUACCCACGCAGGCCGUAGGAAAUGAACUCCUGGUAGCCCAGUCUACCUUGCCGUCCAACGGCCUUCCGAAUUCGGCGGGCCCUCUCCAGCUCCUGCCUCCGGCGGCCGUCAGCCUUCUGUUAUUUCGCUUGCUCGACGGCGUACACUAAAGACCGCGAGGGUGCACCCCCCCCCCCUCGAAAUGGAGGCAGUUCGCGGACCGUGCAGCUACUCCGUCCCUCAUGAAAAUGUACAGUGAUUCUAUUUUUGUGUCUAGGUAGCGGAACGGACGCUUAACCCCGAAGAGAAUACAUUUGUGCACAGUUGAUGCCAAAAAGGAGCGUGAGCGAGCUCUGGGCUACUCUGCGUUUUCCAGUCAACGUGAACCUAUAACACAGCUGUGUCCGUGUGUGUGUGUGUGUGUGCGUGUGUGUGUGUGUGUGUGUAUGUGUGUAUGUGAUACAAUGAUGUGAAGUAUGUGAGUAGCUGAGGGCAUCAACAGGAGCUCUUGUGUGGAACAUUGUGAGUCAGUGUUUAGAGAGCAUGGGGCUUUAAUAGCACUCUCCUCAAGUGACUGCAAGAGGACCAUUAUUUCUGAUCAAUACGGGGGGAAAGGGGUUGCGGCAAGACAAUAGAGCAACAUUUUACUCAAGACGCUGCGGACAGACGCUCGGAUUCCUCAUUGUCCCGCAGCGCUAUCUGGCAGAGAGUGCAUAAGACAAACCUCGACAUUGUGAUCACGCUUUCCAUCAGGACCCAUGGCGUUUGUCCAACACCUCGCUGUAAUUGUUGGCGCUUAAGCUACAGUAUAAAACAAAUUGACGUUCUUAAAAGUGCACCCCCCCCCAUGAAAAAAAGACCAUUUACCCUGGAAAUAAAAGGCAGAGUCUGGUGUGGAUGAACUUGACUGGCCUGCACAGAGUCCUGACCUGAACCCGAUAGAACAACUUUGGGAUGAAUUAGAACGGAGACUGAGAGCCAGGCCGUCUCGACCAACAUCAGUGCGUGAUCUCACCAAUGCGCUUUUGGAAGAAUGGUGGAAAAUUCCUAUGAACACACUCCGUAACCUUGUGGACAGCCUUCCCAGAAGAGUUGAAGCUGUAAUAGCUGCAAAUGGUGGACCGACAUAAUAUAGAACCCUAUGGGUUAGGAAUGGGAUGGCACUUCAAGUUCAUAUGUGAGUCAAGGCAGGUAUAAAUAGUAUAAUUUGUCUAUUAAAUUGUGAUAAGUACACCUCUGCAUAACAUUGUUCCCUUAUUAAACAAAACAAGAAAAAUAUAGAUCGACUGGUGGGAAACUCUCUCUCUCUCUCUCUCUCUCUCUCUCUCUCUCUCACUCUCUCUCUCUCUCCCCUACCCUAUAAACAUUAUUUCUGAUCAAUACGGGGCCAAUUGCAGGGGCCAGCAAGACAAUAGAGCAACAUUUUACUCAAGAAGUUGCGGACAGAUGCUCGGAUUCCUCAUUGUCCUGCAGCGCUAUCUGGCAGAGAGUGCAUAAGACAAACCUCGUGAUCACGCUUUCCAUCAGGACCCAUGGCAUUUGUCCAACCCCUCACUGUAAUUGUUAGCGCUUAAGCUACAGUAUGAAAAAAAAAAACCCUGGAAAUAUAAGGGUCUGGAUAGAAGUGGCUCCAUGGACAAAACGUAACAAUGAGUGGAAUAACUUUUGAAUUGUUAUGGUGGACGCCGUAAAAUACACACGCUGAGAUUUGAAGGAUGUGAAAGGAUUCCACGGACGGUUCUGUAUUGUCUGUUGUGGGUACCUUCAUCAUUUCUGCAAAAUAAAACAAAAGUUCUCAAAGUUUUUGCUUGCAAAGCACCGUUUAAUGGAUGGUCAUCUGGUUCACAGUUGAUGGAGGAGUAUGAAAAGAAGGCCAUCGAUUUAUUACUCAUGGAUGUUCAAUAGGUUCACCUAUUACCAAGAUGGCGGAGUUGGUGUGUUACCCUCUGAAAUGUCCUCAUUCUUUUCCACAAUGACUGAAUUUGUCCGGAACAAAAAAGCUUUGUCAAAACAAGCACCAUUACUGUGUUGCUUGUAGGGAUGGGUGCCUUUCAAUCGGUAUUAUUACUAUUACCCUUUUGUGUGUUAAUGUGGCAAUAAAUGUUACCGUAAUCUGUUUAUUGAUAUAAUCUAUAUUUUGUUUUACUAUGGAAUUUAACACCAAGCUGAUAUUGGUAACUAUGUUGUCCAUAUCUUGUUUCUUCACACUUCAUAGUCUCAUUUGCCAGUAUGCAUUCAUUUCAGUCCUAGGUAAGAAGGUACCAAAUUUUCCGGACUAUAAGGCGCAAUUAAAUUAUUUUUUUUUUCUCAAAACUCGACAGUGCGCCUUAUGUAAGCCAUUUUAUUUGGUGCA